AUGGAAGGCUUCUCUGCUUUGAUGAGGAAGUUGGACUCUGAAGGUCGGAUCAGCUUGCUCCCUAGAUGCAAAAGCUCCCAUCUGUCACAUCUUAUUUUUGCAGAUGAUUUGAUGAUCUUUGUGAAGGCUGUCCCAAAUUCUAUCUUUGCCUGUUUGGGGGCUCUGGCUGAUUUUCACACCUAUUCUAGGUUGAAACUCAACAGAGCUAAGUCCUCUAUUAUUUUAGGGGGCAUUACUCAAACGGCCAGGCUACAACUUUUGGAAUUAACGAAUUUUGUAGACACUAAGCUGCCCAUUCGGUAUCUUGGUGUCCCUCUUAUUUCUCGCAAGCUCACUUUGGUAGAUUGUUCCGCUAUCCUUGAUUUUGUGAGACGAAGGCUUGAUGGUUGGGAUGCAGCUUCUUAG